AACUACUUAGUUCACAACAGAACUCCAAAAACCCUAAUUAUUUUUUUUUUCUUCCGCCGCUAGCGCCACUGCGCCAGACCUCAGCCCACGACGCCGCCACCAGAUUCUAGUCAUUCACAUCGGAAACAAAGGAACGAAUCGAGGCAUACAUAUGCUGAUGGCGGCGAAUAAAAGGCCGACGGGCUUUUCACUCACAGACACAAGUCCCUGUCCUUCAAUUCUCCGGUUCGCCAAAAGUCUCCGUUGGGUCCAAAUUCAGUUCAACGAAAAUGGGCGAUUAUUUUGUGCGACUUGACUGAGGCGAUGACAUGAAGCAACUUUUGGGUUGUGAUGAUUCUGCCUUCUAGCGCGGCUGGGAAAUAAGUAAUGAACAGAGAGGCAGCGAAAAUUAAUCCUUUAACAGUCCAGCACCAUGGCACUACACCUGUGGGGAUUAGUGAUGCCGACAACGUGCGAUGAUAACAGGAGCAAGAGGAGUAGCCCUUGCUCUCCGUAGUAUUCGAAUUUUCAUGGGUUAAAGUGGGUCGGGUGAGCGGAUAUCUGUUGGGUCGAUCAUCAUUUCCACUCUCCUCUCUCCCACGGGCCAUUGCUAUCCUACUCUGCUACCUUCGACCUUCUUCAACACGGUCCGCAACUAGGUUUCGGAAAGAAUGAAUUCACAAAAGGUAAAACCACUUGUAGCAUUAGAUGGUACAGCCAAAGAAGGUGGCAUUGGACCAGCCAUCGGUUUGGUUGACAUAGGUGAGAGCGAGUGUGCUUACCUUUUCCAAGUUUCUCUUCCCGGCGUUAGGGAUAAAGGUAAUUUAAAAUGUGAUAUACAGAGAGAUGGUAAGGUGCACAUAGAGGGCGUGGUCACAGAGUCUCGGCUAUUGAGGGACUCGCCUACAGUGUAUCAAGUGAAUGUUCAAGAGCUUUGCCCGCCAGGACCAUUCACUUUAUCAUUCAGUUUGCCCGGACCCGUGGACCCCAGGCUGUGCUCCCCAACAUUCAGGCAAGAUGGUAUCCUGGAGGUCGUCGUAGUGAAGUUUGGGUUGCCUCGCCUGAAAGGCGAAGGAGGCUUGUCCGUGAAUUGGUCAAAUGGUUGGUUUCAUCCAUCUUCUUAACUCAUGAUAGGUGGUGGUCGGUCACCUUUCUUCUUCUUCUUCUUCUUCUUUCUUUCUUUCCUUCUUGGCAUGUAACCGAACCUUUUGGGGUUAGCAUUUUGUUGUUUUGUUGUGAGGACAGUAAAAGUUUAGAGUUUUG